UCACUCUUCUCGGCAAGCCGGCCGGUGGCUGGGGCGAAGGCCGCCAGGGUGAGGCGGCGGCGGCAGGUCGCGAAUGGCGAGACGGAAGCGCUCCACGCCGCGGUGCUCAAGGAGGAGGAGCAGCAGCACGAGGUGGAGGAGGCGGCGGUCGUGACGAGCAGCAGCGCCACAAGCGGGGAGGAGGGCGGGCACCUACCGCAGGGGUGGGCGAAGCGGAAGAGGUCGCGCCGCCAGCGAUCGGAGGAGGAGAACCUCGCGCUCUGCCUUCUCAUGCUCGCCCUCGGCGGCCACCACCGCGUCCAGGCGCCGCCUCCUCUCUCGGCGCCGGUAGGUGCGGAGUUCAAGUGCUCCGUCUGCGGCAGGUCCUUCAGCUCCUACCAGGCGCUCGGCGGCCACAAGACGAGCCACCGGUUCAAGCUGCCUACUCCGCCCGCAUCUCCCGUCUUGGCUCCUGCCUCCUCCGAGGUCCAGAGCCCCCUCGCCUUCUCACCGCGUAAUUCAGCAGCUGCACGGAUCUGAUCUCUCAAACAGUUUUUGGUCUAGGGAGUGAAAUUCACGGUCGAAACAAACUAUUCGUUGAUUCGUUUUGUGCCGCUAUUGUUUAAUUUGUUCCUGCUUUUGUACAUAGCAAACGAGUGAUACAUAGCCAUACAUAGUCAUACAGAUACUAUGUCUAGCUCUUCCUUGGUUCUUUGUACACUGGAACUGUACCUGUAUCUUUUACACUUAGUUUUUUGGCGGUCAUAUAUUGUAGACCAUAUUCGAUCAUAUUGGGAGAUUGAUUCGUGUACAGUACGCUGUAACAUAAACACAGAUUGAUUUCAUGAUCAUAUUUGUACAGAACCGAAACAUCUUGUUUUGGCA